ACAUCGACGUCGUCGUCGUGAUAAAAUCAUCGCAAAAAAUGUUAAUUUAAGCUUAUAUACAUUACAUACAGUGCGAAGUAAUGUCGAAUUAAGUGAAAACAGUAGCACACUGGAGGAAGCUAAUAUAAGAAAAAUUCAUUCAAACCACAAACGGCGUUUUAAAAAAAGCAGCGGGUGGUCGACCGUCGGAGGCGUCAACGUUGUGCUUUUCACGUUAUAUUUGCUGCAUUUUGUCAUUCGCUCAGACCACACCGUAAGAUUUCACGGUGUCGGUUUUUUUUUUCUCUCCAAUGUCUAAAACAUCAUUGUUUAAUUAGAAAAAUGUGGAGCGUACGGUGCUCAUUCGACGAUGUACGGUUGUGGUAAUAAUGAGUGUUUUGAAUUUUCGUAUCAUGAUCCAGCGUCGUCGACGUCAAAGCCUGACAAAUCAUGUUACAAUACCCAAGAAACUGACCUAACGUUGAUGAAUAAUGAACCUUUAAUAUGCAGAUGGACUAAAUGCUAUCGUUCUUUUGGUAAUUUGGAUAUGCUUUCCAAUCAUGUAGCCAAAGAACACGCUAAUCCAGGCAAAGGUGGUAUGUUCUAUUGUGGCUGGAGUGACUGCAGUCGAGGAGAUAAAGGGUUUAACGCUAGAUAUAAAAUGCUGGUACAUGUUAGAACUCAUACCAAUGAGAAGCCGCAUCAUUGUUAUCAAUGUAAUAAAAGCUUUAGCAGAGCUGAAAAUUUGAAAAUUCAUUCUAGAUCUCAUACAGGAGAAAAACCUUACGUAUGUACAGUUCCUGGCUGUGGAAAAGCUUAUUCAAAUUCAAGUGAUAGAUUUAAACACUCCAGAACGCAUACAGUUGAUAAACCAUACGCUUGUAAAAUUCCUGGAUGUCCAAAACGAUACACUGAUCCUAGUUCAUUACGAAAACAUGUGAAAACCUACAAACACUACCCAGUUACUAAUGAUAACAACGAUCAAUCAAAAUCUCAGCUAAACGAAGAUGUAAAAUCACCAUCUAUCGACGACAGAAUACAAUUCAUCGCCGAUUCAACGACUGAAUGUAAUGAGAAAAAAUUACACGACGAUACCAGUUCAAAUUCAAAAUUAUCGUCGAUGUUGUCCUAUUUACCUUCUUACCGUUUAAACGAUUUAUAUCUUUGGCAACCUCCAGUCUCAAGAUUACAAUUAUAUAAUCAACCACAAUCGAUAGGCAAUUCUAUUGCAAAAUACGUAGAUAUAGAUGAACCAUUAGAUUUAAGAAUUCAUUGUAACUGAAUUUUAAUGUAUUUAUAAGUGUAUAUUUGGAUUACUUUUUCACAUGUUUUUGAGAUUUUUUUAAAAUAAAAAAUACGUAAAAUAAAUCUUGACAAAUUUAUAAGGA